AUGAGUGAACCACCCCGUUUACAGGGACGUAUGCCUUCCCAACAGCAUGAAAUGCCUCCAAUGCCGCCCGGCUUUAAAUUACCACCGGGUGUAGGAAUGGCGCCAAUGCCGCCGGGAAUGAAGCGGCCACCCGGUGGGAUUCCAAUGCCUCCCAACAUGCCGGGCGGGGCCCCACUACCACCGCCAACAGCCCAUCAUCAUCACCAACAUCAACACCAACAGCAUCAAUAUCAACAUCAACAACAUCAUCAGCACCAGUACCAGCAUCAUGAUCAUCAUUACCAUCAUCAACAACAACAACAAAUGCAGGGUGGAGCCCCUCCAGCACCAAUACCUGGAAGCUACUAUCCAACCCCACCAUCCCAUCUCGCUCAACGAUCGGUAGAUGGUAGAGAAGAAAAGUAUCCACAACCUCCCGGUAUGCUACAAGGUGGAAAUGAUAUGUACUCAUCAAGAAAUGAUCGCCGGAUGAUGAUGCCGCCCGGUCCAGAUGCACGAGGAUAUAUGCCAUCAGCAGCCGCACCCCCUUAUCAUCAUGGGCAUUAUGGACCACCAAUGGGUCAUGAUAGUGACCGUCGAGGAGGGGCAUCUCAUCAUAGAAGUCGUCGGGAUGAUGAGGUACGUCAACCAACGAAUACGGUCUGGGUAGGAAAUCUUGAUCCAUAUGAACAUACAGAAGAGGUUUUGAGACAAGAAUUUCGUGAAUUUGGUAAGGUCAUUCGUAUUGCAAAAGUUCCUGAACAAAGUUACUGUUUUGUGCAUUUUCGACAUGUUGAGGAGGCGCGUAAUGCUGUGGAGACACUCAGUGCAAGAGGAACACUUGGUAGGGCAAGAUUUAACUAUGGGAAAAUGUUUGAAUAUUCACAGGAUGAAAUGGAUGUACCUCAUGAGAAUAAUAAUCAUCGACCACCACGUAGAGGACGUGAGGAAGAACGACAAGAAAAUGAAGAGAGAAGACGUCGUCCACGUCGUGAAGAAGAACGUAUGGAACCUACAAAUGUUUUAUGGAUAGGUGAUCUUCCUCCUACAGUUUCAAGUGAAGAACUUAAUGAGAAUUUUAAGGUAUUUGGAAAUAUUACAACUAUUUCUCGUCUAGAUAAUAGGAAUAUGGCUUUUAUUCAUUUUGAAAACGUUGAGAGUUGUACACAGGCUUUAGAUUUAAUGCGUGGUCAAACUAUUGGAGGAGCACGAGUUGUAUUAAAUUAUGGCCGUGCACAACGUAGUCCAGCUGUGGGAGAAGGAGGAGGAAAUACUGAUGGUAUUCCCCCUAAUGAAACCCCUACAAAUGUUGUAUAUCUUGGUCAAUUUGCAUCUGAUGUAACAGAAGAAGAUAUUGAAGAAUUAUUUGAACCAUUUGAAGGUUUUAUUAACUGCAAAUUUAUUCAAUCUAGUGGUAUUGCUUUUGGACAUUUUGAUACUAUUGAUCAUGCUCGGGAUGCUCGUAUAGCACUUAACAAUGCCCUUUUAAAAGGUGCCCCAGUUCGUAUUAGCUUUGGAAAGAGUAAUCAUACAAUGACAAUGGCAGAUCGAAUGCGACGUGGAAGACACAUUCCACUUGGAGCCGAUACUGCAAAUACCGCAGCUUCGGUUGGAGGCAUGGGAGGAGCCAUUUCUCCACUGCCAGCGGGAUCUACACUUGCUAGUACGGGAGGAGCCCUGGUGGCGGGCCCUGGAAUUGCGUCUACGGCCGAUAAUGGAGCGAUGGUGGCAUUACCGGCAAUGGGAGUGAUGGUGGGAACAGCGGCAGUUCCGCAGGCUCCAACGUAUUUCACUAGAGAACGUCCUGUGCCGGAAAUGACAUUAGAGGCUCGUCUACAGUCACUUUUAGGUUCCACAUAUAAUUGUUGUGGAGAGGCAGAGAAAUCACUAAGUCCUAGUGUAAUUCAAACAAUAUGUGAUCUUAUUGAUGAUUGUGUGGAUGAAGAAAGUGAAAAACGAUUAGAUGAGGCAAUAUUUUUAUAUACUCCUCUUAAUGCGGCUCAUGUUUUCGGUAUUUUGGCGAAACGUAUGUAUGAUUACUUCAAUGAUGAUCCUUAUAAAAAACUUUAUAUCUUAUAUGCUGCUACUCGUGUAUUACUUGGGGCAAAGACAGAUUAUUUAUUUUUUACAAAGGCCUCUAUUAAUGCAUAUCUCAUGACUCUUUUCGUUGCGAGUGAAGGACAGACUCCGGCUGGAAAUGAUAUGAUUACAUCUAUUAUAGAAAAUGUACGUCGACAUACUUUUAUUGAACGUCAAAAAUUAGAUGCAGACUUUAUUGAGAUCUUCCGAGAACAACUUGAUGAGAUUCUUAAACGGGUUAAGGUGGAUCAAGACUUAGUUUCACUUUUGUCAAAGAAGAGAAGAAAAUGA